UAUAAUCAUGAGGUCAAGUAUCUUCUUUAUAGUCAUGACAGGCUUCAACAGCAGCCCCUUUGUUUCCUAUGGGCUUUUCCAUGCGCAUGGCUUCUAAUUUCCUUGGUUCACAGAGGGUGAGUGUUCUCAACCUGAUGUUGGACUUGGCCUCUUUAAAUCUUGCAGAUGCUGCGCACUUUCUAGGGCAUUUCAUGGCCGAAAGCAUGUCGAUUACUGGCCGCAUCCUGCCCCGCGUGACAGCAGCAGGUUAUGUCCAAAAGUAUAUGAAUAAUAUCGAGGUCUCUUCGGGUUGCUUGGAGGCAGAGACCCAGGAAUAGCGUCCGUGUCGUCUCAAAGCGGAGCAAUUAUCCAAGGCCAGGCUGGACGAAUCGAUUCCUGCAGACUUUUUAAAAUGCUGCCGGCCAAUUAUAAAGGCUGUGCAUCCUCCCUUCCAGGCCUACAGCCUACCCUUUGGUGUAGGCACCAGCAACUGAUAGGACUAGACCUGGAGCUCUCUGCCUUGCUUUGCUUUCUUUCCUCUUUCUCUCCCCCCCUAUCUCUCUCCUUCUGUCUUCCACUGUUUUGCCUACUCCACCAGUAAGAUAUUCCAAUUAUUACUGGAGGAGCACCCCCUCCCUCUUCGCAUCAUACUCCGCGUGAUCAUAACCACUGUAGGAAACAGCUGCUGGGGAGCAGAGAGGGAGAGAGAGAGAAGGAGAGAGAGGGAGAGAGAGAGAGAGAGAGAAGCAGCAACUCGCUGCGCCUGUGAACGCAGCACACAUAGCCUCCAGAGGAACCGGGAGGACCGCUCCGCUCGAGCAGGAGAGCUGCUGGUUUCACCCGUGGAUACUAUCACUCUACUGCCGCCGUGUCCGAGCCCUGACCGUGACCGUGGGAUACUCUGGCUCUCAGUUCUACAGUUUGAUUACCUCCUUUUCAAUCACCCUCCUUUUUUGUUUUCUUUGUCAUCUUUCCUCUCCUCUCUUCAUCCUCAAGCAUCUUCCUCUUCUCUCAAGUCGUCUCGCCUGCCUGGCUAACUUUUCAUCCCACCCAGCCUCCUCCUCCAUCUCUCACCCAGGCUCGGCAGUCCCCCCCCCUCUACACCUCCACCACCACCACCCCAGUCCUCCUCUUCUUGCAGCAGCCUCCCCUGGACCGGGCGGAACCCAUUCGGUCAGUGUACACGGGGGUAAGAACUGCUACAUGGGGCGCACGGUGUCGCACGGAAAAUGCUCCUCCGUGGGUCUCUAGGCGCCCCGCUCAACCUGCCGGGACCGGAGUUGUCGGUGCGAGUCUGCGUCUCUCUCCCAGCCCGCCUGUGCUGCCGGGGCCAGUGAGACAUGGGUCUGUCCGCGGCGGCGGCGGCGGCACCGCUCGACGAGCCCCGACGGCUGCACCGGUGGAGCGGGACGGCGGGAGGCUGGCUCCGGAUCACUCUGGUCUCCUUCCUCGCUACUUUACCUGUGGAGCAACUGAGAGCCUUCCCGUCCUCACUCAGCGACUGCCAGACGCCCACCGGCUGGAACUGCUCCGGUUUUGAUGACCGGGACACAGACCUGUUCUUGUGCGACACCAACACAUGCAAGUUCGAUGGGGAAUGUCUAAGAAUUGGGAACAUGGUGACAUGCAUUUGCGACUUCAAGUGCAACAAUGACUAUGCCCCAGUGUGCGGCUCCAACAGUCAGAACUACCAGAACGAGUGUUUCCUGCGCAGGGACGCCUGCAAGCAGCAGUCUGAAGUACUCAUUAUGUCAGAGGGCGCCUGUCCUGCUGAUGCAGGCUCAGGAUCAGGAGACGAUGGAGGAGAGGGCUCAGCCGAGGCAGACACGAAGGACACGUCCACCUGUGAUAUUUGCCAGUUUGGGGCCGAAUGCGAUGUGGACGCAGAGGACGUUUGGUGUGUUUGCAACAUCGACUGUUCCCACAUCAGCUUCAACCCGGUGUGUGCCUCGGACGGUCGUUCCUAUGACAACCCCUGCCAGGUGAAGGAGGCGUCCUGUCAGAAGCAGGAACGCAUCGAGGUCAAGUACCUGGGCCACUGCCAAGGCGACAUCAAAGGCGGAGAUGGACACUUCGCACGGACCGACCUCCCAGUUGAGGAGAAAGUGAAAGUGGAUCCGAGGAACGAGCGGGCCCGCAACCUGUACAUCCCCUGUCCUGAUCACUACAAAAACUACUGCGUCCACGGAGAGUGUCAGUUCCCCAGUAUCGUGGCCCAGCCCUCCUGCAGCUGUCACUCGGGUUUCAGAGGCCCCCAGUGUGACAUCAAAGAGUACAACGUGCUCUAUGUGGUGCCAGGCUCUGGCAAACUGCACUAUGUCCUCAUCGCCUCUAUCAUCGGAGCCCUCCAGGUGGUCAUCAUCUGUGUGGUGGUGCUCUGCAUUACCAGGAAGUGCCCACGGACCAACAGGAUCAACCGGCAGAAGCAGAACAAUGUCCACUUCAGUACAGAGAACACCAUGCGCGCCUCCACUCGGCUCAUCUGAGCCCAGACACACCGGAGAGAGUCGCCCUCCACUUUCCGGAGCGCCGCGGCGUUAGAUGUUCCCCCCUUGUAGGCCAACCCCGAAAAUUAGGAUCUGCUUCCCCUCACUCCUCGCCCUCUCUCCCAGUAUGAACUUAAGGAUGCCCAGGGAGGAUGGCGGUACGGCAGAGACAGAGCUGGCGUACCAGUCAGAGACAAGACUCACACGUGGGGUCAUGUUGACGUCGGCCCCCCCCACCGCCGCCAAACCCCCUAGUCGCAGAUGUGUCUCCCUGCACCUUGUCACUUCCGCCCAGGGUUUUUUCUGAAAAACUCAACCAUGAGGUGUUGGGGGGGGCGUUGAGGAUACUGAAUGUGUGUGUGUGUGUGUGGGAAUGUGUAUUAGAUGUGUGAGCUUUGGUAGAGGCGGGCUAGCCUUUGUCUGUCGUUUCUAGAUGAGGGGUUAAAGCAAAGCGGGGUAGUGCAAAGCAGGGUAACGGGCUUUAAAUGAGGUGUGUGUUGUUCGGUCUGGGAGGGGGGUGGGGGGGUUUCGGGGCUACACGUGAUGCCUUGCACCUUGUGUUAUAGGAGACCUUUGACAGAGGGCACAAUGUUAUUAUAGAGCUCUCUGUUCGGUUGUGACGAUGACGUCGGCUUCUGUAUCUUGGGUUCUAUUUCCAAUAGUUAUUACUACAUUGUCUUGAUGGGGUCAUUUUUCUGUAAAUGUAAAUAAAUAAUUUAUAUCACGAAAUGUAA